ACACAGAGUGUACCCGGAAGAAACAACGUUUACACAGAUCAGUUUGAUAAUGGCCACGUUACUGUACGGACUGGUUUUGGUGUCUACUGUCGAGUAUAUUCUAGGUGCUCAUAUUCUUUCAAUGGACAGAACUAUUUCAGUAAUUGGUCAGCCACUGAUUCUAACAUACAACAAUAAUGAGACACCAAACAUUACAGAUACAGUUCGUUUCAUGGUGAAUACAUCUAUAGAGGGCGUAUGUUUGAGGAACCACGGAAGGUGUGGCUCUGGAAAAGGAAAUCAUGUCACGAGAAUCUCGUCAAAUGUAAUCAGACUUAAAAUACCUUCGUUUAAUGCAACACGGCAUGCUGGCGCUUGGAGAGUACAGGAAGGAUAUGGUGUAUUUUCAAAUUAUUUGAAUUUAACACCUCCAUUUGCACAUGGUCCAGACUUUGUCACAUUCAGCCCUUCACCACCUGGUCAUGCCACAGAAGGAGGGGAUCUGACUGUGAGGUGUUCUGCUGACUGCUAUCCACCAUGUGACUACUCCUGGAUACUGGGAACUCGGCAAAUCUCAUCAAGCUCUCUGUUAACACUGAUAGACAUCAACAGGACUCAGGCAGGAGUAUACACGUGUACAGUUAACAACACUUUUAUACCACAAUCGAAAGGUGGACAGUUCAGUCUUACAAUUUUUUAUCCACCAAGUGAAGCUCCAGUUAUUUCUGGAACAGUAUUCCCUGUGUUUGAGGGUGACGUCAUAACACUGCACUGUUCUACAACAGGUGGAAACCCGAAACCAAAUCUGACUUGGUCAUGUCCUGGAGGAUCUACUUCUUGUUCUGACAUUGACAGUGGAGAAACCAGAACCUGUACAAUACCAUUUACAGCCAACAGAAGUCAGAAUAACGUAGCCUGUGUGUGUACUCCAUCCUGGCAGUACGGUGGAUACAGUGAGAGUAAAUCCAGGAAGAUGGUUAUUUAUUAUCCCCCUGGCACACCGAGUUUGUCUCCAGGUUCAUCGCAUCCAUGGCUUGAAGACAGACCAGAUUCACUGAUUUGUUCUUUACCAAGUGGAGACCAAGGGAAUCCAGAGGCUAACUUUUACUGGAUUAGAAAUGACAAUGAUAUAAAUCACACAGGAUUCAAUUACACGUUCACACCAUCAAAGGAAGACAACGGACACGAGUACACGUGUACAGCUGGGAAUCUGUUCACAGACAGAGACGGACAAUCCAGACCUGAGUCCAGACCAGUGCAGCUCAUUGUGUACUAUUCCCCACGGGUGACGAUAUCCUCUGAUAAACACACGAGAGUAGAGCUGGGGAAACUGCUCAUAUUACGCUGUUCUGCUGACAGUAACCCAGCCAACCCUACAUUUGAGUGGACUCGCGGCACGACACAUGUAGCUGAUGGUAUUAUGUUACAGAUUGCCGCGUUCCGAGACUCUGACCAAGGAGAGUACACGUGUUCAGCGACAACUAUGUCCACUAGAUAUGGUUCUCGGACAGGCUCAGCAAGUGUUAUUGUCACUGGUGAGAGGAUCUUUGUUAUUUAUUGAGAUACUUCAACUGUGUCUGAUAGAUAUGGUUCUCUGACAGGCUCAGCAAGUGUUAUUGUUACUGGUGAGUAUAUAUUUGUUAUUUAUUGAGAUACUUCAACUGUGUCUGAUAGAUAUGGUUCU